AGGUGCUCUUUCCAGACGCGGAAGCGAUUUCCAGCUGUCAAACAGCUUUUGGUAAAUUAGUUUCACCUCUCGGUUGAAAGGAAAACAACAAUUGACGUUACUUCAAAAUGGACUGUCCACGCUGGUUGCCUCUGGAGUCGAAUCCAGAAGUCAUGACAAAGUUUGUCAGUUGUUUGGGUAUGAGGCCAACCUGGCAAUUUGGAGAUGUAUAUGGAUUGGAUCCAGAGCUUCUCAGCAUGGUACCAAGACCAGUGUGUGCAGUGCUACUUCUGUUCCCAGUGACAGAGAAGUAUGAGACAUUCAAGCAAGAAGAGGAAGAGAAACUCAAGGAUCAGCGACAGGAGGUCUCUCCUGACAUCUACUUCAUUAAGCAAACUAUCGGCAAUGCCUGUGGAACAAUAGGAUUAAUUCACGCAGUGGCAAACAACAAGACACACCUUGAAUUUGAGCCUGAUUCUCCUCUUAAGAAGUUUCUUGAGCAAUCCGCUAAAAUGACCCCAGAGGAAAGGGCCACCUUCCUGGAAAAAGAUGAGAGUAUACGUGUUACACAUGAAUCCAGUGCACAGGAGGGACAGACUGAGGCUCCAAGUUUAGAUGAGAAAGUGAAUCUGCAUUUUAUAUGUUUUGUGAAUGUCGGAGGACAGUUAUAUGAACUGGAUGGCCGGAAGCCUUUCCCUAUUGUCCACGGAAAAACGGCAGAAGAUACUUUCCUCGAGGAUGCUGUAGAGGUUUGUAAGAGCUUCAUGGCUCGCGACCCUCAGGAGGUUCGUUUCACCAUCAUUGCUCUCUCCAAAGAUUCAUACUGAGGAAACUCCCUUGUGACCCCAGAAAACAAAGAAAACAUUACUGCCAAACAUUCUCAAGUGCUGACUUCAUUGGAAAAUUACAUCUUACACUUGUUAGAGUUGGAUGAAAUACGAAGAGAAUUAGAGUGCUGCUGUGCAACUAAAGGUAUUUCUUGUUAAGAUCAAAUUCUUCCAGUUCCCCACUGCUGAAACGUCUCAAUAACUACACUGCACUAAAGUUUGUUUACAUGGCAUGUUUGGCUUUCAAUUAAGAAAGAAAUUUAACAAAAUGUCCACGUCACUGAGGGAACUCAACUUCUUUUUUACUCUGGGUUAAAUGAUGCAUAUAGUGAUUUGUUUUUGAUCAUAUGUCUAACCACAUGGUCAAAACCGGUUGAAGAAACAUGUUUUGCAAGGCUUUAAUUUCAGUCAUGGCUUUGAAAAAAACAGAUGCUAACAGCUUAAUGCUGUUGUAUGCAGUAAUGAUGUUACGAAAAGCUUAUCAAAAAAAGAUGUCUCCUGUAAGUGAGGCUAACUGAAAAAUGCAGACUGUACGUCCAUGUGGAAGGUGCCUACAUUUUUGUAAUAAGAAUAAAAGAUUCUGUCAAAUAAAAGGCAAAUUUAUUAAACA